UAAUUAAAUCUGAACUUAUUCAGUUAAGAGAAAACGUUUGGGAAUAAUUUGAACUUGAAGAAACGUAAGCGAUAUUAGCGACAUCUACGAACAAUAGGAAUUUAUUUGAAAUUAUUUUGCUAGUAAAGUUUUGGCCAGCCUGUUUUACUUGAUCGAACGACGAUGAAUUAAUAACCUAAACUUUAGGUUUUGAUUGGCUUUUAGAAAAGUUUUACAUCUUUAAUUUGAUAUAUCAUAUGUAUAUUGUUGACAAAAGUAUAUCAUAUUACGGCGUAACGAUAUAAUUAAAAGAAAAAAAGAUGAAACAAAUUUUAUGUGGUAGAUUAGGGCAAAGCAUCUUACUUGUAUCAAAAUCCUCGAAAUAUCCAAUAUCAAAGAUCACUACAAGAUGUUUAAUGUCGGGAAAAAUAAGCAGAGUGUGCAGGCCAUUAUUGGCAUCCCCACAUUUACGUUACUUUGCUAAUCCUAAUCGUGGCUAUGCCAUGGUAAUUGCUAGAAUAUUAAGGGGAGCAUUGAAAAUACGUUAUAUAUUAUUAGGUGGUGCUUUGGGUGGUGGAGUUACAUUACAAAAAAAAUAUGAACAAUGGAAAGAAGCUUUACCUGAUAUGACUUGGAUAGAUACUUUAAUUCCUACUGAACAACAAUGGCAAAAGUUACGUGGUUCAUUGCUGGAUGUAAAAACUAAAUUAACUAAUAAGAUUGAUAUAGAUCCACGUAUAAAGGAAUUGGGAGAGGCAAAGUAUCAUGAGUACAGGAGAUGGUUUAAUCAAAGAUUGGAGAAUGCUGUUAAAGCAGCAGAAGAAAGAGCAUUGCGUGAUAACAACCAAGAAUCACCUACACGUGUAAUUGACGCAAUCACAUCGAUAGCAAACCAAGUUUAUUCAGAAGCAAAAGGCGAAUUAUCAAAAACUGCAGUUGCUUUUGCUCGCCCAUUAUCUAAUGAAAAUAUUGAAGAAGAACGCAAGAAAGCUCAAUCAUCGCAACAGAGAUUAGAUGCUAUGCAAGAUGAAUUAAUGCAAAUGCAAUUAAAAUAUCAACGUGAACUUGAAAGAUUAGAAAGAGAGAAUAAAGAAUUACGUAAACAAAUGCUAUUGAAAGGAAAUCAAAAAGUAAAUAAUAGAAAAAUAAAGAAAUCUCUAAUAGACAUGUAUAGUGAUGUUUUGGAUGAAUUAAGUGAAUAUGAUAGUGCUUAUUCGACUGCUGAUCAUCUACCUAGAGUAGUAGUUGUAGGUGAUCAAAGUUCAGGUAAAACAUCGGUAUUGGAAAUGAUCGCUCAAGCUAGAAUAUUUCCAAGGGGUGGCGGUGAAAUGAUGACGCGUGCACCAGUCAAAGUUACCUUAAGCGAAGGACCAUAUCACAUUGCACAAUUUAAAGAUAGUUCUAGAGAAUUUGAUUUAACUAAAGAAUCGGAAUUAGCUGAUCUUAGGAGAGAAGUUGAAUUACGUAUGAAGAAUAGCGUUAAAAAUGGGAAAACAGUUAGUCAAGAUGUUAUUUCUAUGACGGUAAAAGGACCUGGUCUUCAGCGCAUGGUAUUGGUUGAUCUUCCUGGUAUUAUUAGUACAGUUACUGUUGACAUGGCAGAAGAUACUAAAGAUGCUAUUCGACAAAUGACUCAGCAAUACAUGAGUAAUCCCAAUGCUAUUAUCUUAUGUAUUCAAGAUGGAUCGGUUGAUGCAGAAAGAAGCAAUGUAACAGAUCUCGUUGCUCAAAUGGAUCCUAGUGGAAAAAGGACUAUCUUUGUUUUAACUAAAGUAGAUAUAGCAGAAGAAAAUUUAACUAAUCCAGAAAGACUCAAGAAAAUAUUGCAAGGAAAAUUAUUCCCAAUGAAAGCUUUAGGAUAUUUUGCUGUUGUAACUGGUCGUGGUAGACAAGACGAUAGUAUACAAACAAUUAAGGAUUAUGAAGAAAAAUUCUUUAGAAAUUCCAAACUUUUUAAAGAUGGCUUGGCAAUGUCAGGUCAAGUAACUACUAGAAAUUUGAGUUUGGCAGUAGCUGAAUGUUUUUGGAAAAUGGUAAGGGAAACGGUAGAGCAACAGGCCGAUGCUUUCAAAGCUACUAGAUUUAAUUUAGAAACCGAAUGGAAAAAUAAUUUUCCAAGAUUACGUGAGUUGGAUAGAGAUGAAUUAUUUGAAAAGGCUCGUGGUGAAAUUUUGGAUGAAAUCGUGAAUUUAUCUCAAGUCUCACCUAGACAUUGGGAAGAAGUUCUAAUGGUACGAAUUUGGGAAAAAGUUAGUAUGCACGUAUUUGAAAAUAUCUAUUUACCUGCGGCACAAAGUGGAGGUCCAGGUACAUUUAAUACAACCGUCGACAUUAAAUUGAAACAAUGGGCAGAUCAACAACUUCCAGCUCGUAGCGUUGAAAGUGGUUGGGAAUGUUUAGAACAAGAAUUUCAACGUUUCAUGGCACAGGCUCGAUUAAAUCCUGAUCACGAUAAUAUAUUUGAUAAUUUAAAGAAUGCGGUGGUGAGCGAGGCGAUGAGAAGACAUUCGUGGGAAGAAAAAGCAUCUGAAAUGUUACGAGUUAUUCAAUUGAACACUUUGGAAGACAGAAGUAUAAAUGACAAACGGGACUGGGAUCAAGCUGUACGAUUUUUAGAAACAUCUGUAAAAGAAAAAUUACAAAGUACUGAACAAAUUUUACGAGAUAUGUUAGGCCCUAAUCGUAAGGAACGUUGGUUUUAUUGGCAAAGCCAAACAGAAGAACAACAAAAACGGACUGCGGUCAAAAAUGAAUUAGAUAAAAUACUUUAUACUGACAAAAAACAUCCACCUACUCUCAGUCAGGAUGAGCUCACAACCGUUAGAAAAAAUUUGCAACGUAAUUCCUUGGAAGUAGAUAAUGAAUUUAUACGUGAAACCUGGCAUCCGGUUUACAGAAGAUUUUUCUUACAUCAAAGUUUAGCCAGAGCUUAUGAUUGUAGAAAGGGAUAUUAUCUUUAUCAUACUGGUCAUGAGUCCGAAAUGGAAUGUAAUGACAUUGUAUUAUUUUGGCGAAUUCAGCAAGUAUUAAAAGUAACAUCGAACGCGCUUAGACAACAGAUAAUAAAUCGUGAGGCUCGUAGAUUAGACAAGGAGAUCAAAGAGGUUUUAGAAGAUUAUAGUCAAGAUAAUGAAAUGAAGAUUAAAUUGCUCACAGGCAGACGUGUUACGUUAGCUGAAGAAUUGAAACGUGUUAGACAAAUUCAAGAAAAAUUAGAAGAAUUUAUCCAAGCGUUGAAUAAAGAAAAAUGAAGCAAAUAAUGAUAAAAGAAAAAGAUUAUUUAAACUAUCGAAUGCUGUGCUAUCUGUGAGAAGAAUAUUAUUCAACGUCUAUUCUCUAUCAUAUGAUUUAAUUUAUUUGUAGUAAUUAAUAUGAAGACGUGAAAAAGGGGCGGGCAUGCUAUGGAAAUACAAAAAAUGAAUGUUACUCCGUGUGAAAAAAAAAAAAAUCAGAACGAAGAACUCAAUCGAUCGUUGCAUAUUCAUUCAUACGCAAUUCUUAUCAUUGAUAAGAUUCAGGAAUUCAAUUAAAUUAUGCAAUAUAAAUAUAUAUAUAUUCGAUAAGGGGGGAAAAAAAACUACGUGAAAGCGCAUCGUCAUUGAAGCUUUUUAUAUAUAUAUAGUAAUAUUGUUAAAAAAAAAAAAAAAAGAAAAAAACAGAGAAGCUAGAAAUUCAAUCGAACGAUGAUCUGCUUAAACAAAUAUUUUUAUUUCAAAUCGUUCAUAUGAUAAUCUCCGUCAUUAUAUAUACAUCGUAAAUAUAUAAGAAAGAAAUUGUUUAAUUAUAUUUGAACAUACAUACAAGGCAAAAAUAAAAUCAUUAAAAUAUGCGAUAGAAAGAUAUUCUUAAUGUAUAAAUAAAUGAAUUCAUUUAUUCAUUUUUGAUAAAUUAUUUCAAUCAUUUAGCAUAUUUUGUAACUACUUAUUUCAAUUAUCAUUUCUAUUCUAUAAAGUGAGAGAAAAAAAGUAAAAGGGAUUUGUUUUCAAAUCGUCAAACCCUUUUCAUCAACUGCAGCGCCCCUUGCAAAUCUCUGCCUACCUACAUAACUACCUACCUUCCUACCUACCUACCUACCUUCCUACCUACCUACCUACCAAUCAACCUACCAACCAACCAACCAACCAACGAACCCUUAUCGCAGGCGAGUCAAAGGACUCGUUCGUGCGGUCAUUUUUCGUUGGUUACCCUUUUGAAAAUUGUCGCCCCGUGAUCACUAUACUGAGUAUAUAUGUUCAUCGCACGAAUUAAAAAGGCAUAAAUAAUCGAUUACUUUCACCGAUGUAAUACGAGUCAGCUCGACUUAUUGUCCUCGCUUAGUUUUAUAUCUACCGAGAGAAAUAUUUCGAAAAGAUUAUUGUUUAAACAUAUUUUGUAACCAUUUAUUUAUAUUGCCGAUUACAUGAACAUGAUGUAGACAGUUUAUCUGCAAAAAAAAAAAAGAAAAAAAAAGAAUAAAAUUCUUGAAGUUUGAUAAAAGACGUAUAAAACUCGCACUGUACACAGAAAUAUAAGAACAUAAAUAUUAAAAUAACGAAAAGAAUAAAUUCAAUAUUAAUUUA